GCAUGAAUCGGACAGACAGGGAGUCGAUGAACGAACAGUAUCAAUUUGACGCGAAUUACGGUGUGCAUUUUUAUUAGAAAAUAUCUUUUUACCAAAUAAUCAGCGUGGUGAGUCUGUCUAACCAUUUUUUAGUAAUCAAUUAGCAUGUCUGGUGAAGCUCCAAUCCCGCCGCCAGUUUUAUGGGCUCAACGCAAGGAGGACAUAUUCCUCACUUUCAGCGUGGAGAGUAAAGAGCCGACUAUUAAAAUAGAAAAGGAUUCAGUUUAUUUUAAAGGUGUCAACGCCCAAGACAAUAAAGUGCAUGAGGUAACAAUACCGUUGUAUGAUGCUGUUCUUCCUGAAAAUAGUGGUUUCCUCAAUAAAGGCAGAUGUAUAGAAAUGGUGCUACGAAAAGAGAAAAAAGACGCACCGUACUGGCCGUCGUUAACGAAAGAUAAAAAGAAGCCACAUUACUUAAAGGUGGAUUUCAAUAAGUGGAGAGAUGAAGAUGACGAAGAAGAGAAUGGUGCCGGUAACGACAACUAUGACAUAGAAGAAUUACUGCGGUCUAUGGGAGGCGGUGCCGGCGCCGGAGCCGGUGAUAAGGCUGAAAAACCUUCCUUUGAUGAUUUAGAAAGUGAUUCAGAUGAUGAGAAUCUACCAGAUCUUGAAUAAGCCUGUUGUAGUGAUAAUGCUUAUAUUUAACUUUGACAGUACAUUAUGUAUUAAGGUUUUUACAGUUAUAAUAAAAUCAUU